AUGGAAGUAGACGAUGAAAAUAAUGAAGAAGAAAACAUUUUAUCAAUUACCUGGGAUAGUGGAUCUGUUGCAGCAGCUUAUUUCAAUCUACAAACACUAGAAUUGCAUAUUGUUCAAGAGAUCAUUGAUCUAAGACCAGAUUAUGCACAAUUAAGAAACAUAUUUCGUCAAGUAAUGCCAUCAUACUUAGUCCUUUCAUCCGGUUCCAAUGCUUUUCUUCAAGAAGUUCUAGAGCUUUUAGAUCCAUCAUGUACUGGAAAUAAUGAGCUGAUUAACAAGUAUAAAGUCCGAAAAGCUGGUGCAUCUAAUGCAAGCUUAAGUAAUUUAUCAAUUUAUCCAUUUGAUCGUAAGAAUCAUCAAGAGGGUUUGCGCAAAAGAAUCUAUGAAUUAGACUUGCCAGGAAUGACAAAUGCUUCCUCUUGUUCACUUUCUGAUCGCCAAAUAUUCAUCAACUCUGUUUUUCCAAUGAAUCAGGAGCUAUUUGUGAUUGCUUUGGGAAAUUUGCUGAGAUAUUUGGGUGAAAAUUAUUUAAAGUGGCGUCACGUGUUCCUUGGUCUAGAAAAAAAAUUGAUUUGCACAAAUGUCAUCAAUUCAAUUUUACAGACACAAGUUCUAUUGGAUGAUUCAACAUUCAAUUCACUAAACAUUUUCUGCAACAUUUAUCAUCCGUCGAGCUUCAAAUUGCAAAUUCGUAAAGAUGGCUUGUCACUUUACAAUUUAUUAAAUAACUGCAACUCCUCAAUUGGAUCUCAGGAGCUUAAAAACAUUUUGCGACAACCAACACGUGACUUGAAUGAAUUAAACUUGAGAUUUGAAACUAUCGAGUGGUGCUUAAAGAAAGAAAAUGAACAGCAUGUUCAAAGAAUUAAGCAUCUGUUGAGUGGAUUUGUUAACAUUAAUGGUGUUUUGCAAAGAAUCAUCAACAAUCUUGGAAAAACGAAUGAUUGGAAGUCAUUCAAACGAACUGUUUAUCAUGCAGCAAGUAUUUGUGAGCUUUGUGCAUCAUUUCCUUUAGAAUUUGUCCAAAAAACAUUUAUUAAGGAACUUGGGUCGUAUUGCAAAGAAGGUUUAUCAGUUAAUGGCAUAUUAUUUGCUCUCGACAAGAUUGUAGAUUUGGAAGCAAUAGAUGAGAAGAAGAGAUUUAUUGUUAAGAAAGGAUUAAAUCAAACUUUAGAUAUAAAACGUGACGAACUUAAUGAUUUUAUUGAAAAUUGUUCAGAUCUGAAGCCAGAUGCAUCAAUGAUGAAGCUUAAUCAGUCACUAAAUGCUUUUAAAGUCAUUUUUUAUCCUGAAGUUGGAUUUCUAAUUGGUACGAAUUUAAAAAUUGAGGCACUAAAUUUGAACAAUAUUGUUGACACAGAUGAGAUUGAAAUAGUUUUUCAAACAAACGAAGCUGUUUAUUUUAAGACACCAACUUGCAAAAUGUGGAACCAAAAAUACGACAAACAAAUGACGGAAAUAGUCGAACAAGAAAUGGAAAUUUUUCAGAAGCUUAUUCAAUACAUUAAUGAGAAUUUUGCAGAACUAGCUGAAAUUUCAAAGCUCUGUGCUAAACUUGACUGUCUUAUAUCAUUCGCAAAAGUUGCUGAAACAAAUCAAUACGUUCGUCCGAAUAUAACAAAGGACAGAAAAAUUGAAAUUAUUAAUGGGAGACAUCCGUUGCUUGAACAAAUCAAGGACUACAUUCCUAGUACGACGUUAAUUAAUGAGCAAAACAAUGACUUUAUAAACAUCAUAAAAGCACCAAACUCUUCAGGAAAGAGUAUUUAUGUGAAACAAAUAGCUCUAAUAUGCUACAUGGCACAUAUUGGAUGUUUUGUUCCUGCUUCAGAAAAUUGCAACAUCACCUUACUACAUUCUAUUUAUACUCGUAUUUAUACCCCAGAAUCGAUUUAUAACAACGAAUCGGCUUUUAUGAGUGACUUACAACAAAUGUCAAAAAUUAUCAUGAACAGCACUGAUCGAUCAUUGAUUUUAAUCGAUGAAUUUGGAAAAGGAACGCAUUAUAAGGACGGUAUAGCUUUAUUGACUGCCACAAUCGAGCAUUUUGCAGAACGCGGCAAAGAGUUUGUUCCAUAUAUUUUUAUCACGACACAUUAUCCACAAGUUCAUCAAUUACUUCAGUCGAAAGAGCUUGUCAAUUUAAAAACAAUCAAAACGAAGAAAAAUGACACUAAUGUCUUUCAAUCUACUUAUCGAAUCGUCGAUGGUGUAAAUGAGCAAGUGUGCACUGAAUUCCCAGAAUCUAAGAAAAUUAUCUUCAAUAUUUUUAAUCAGAAAGACAAAGACCAGGAAUUGAAGACAUUCAACGAUGCGUACAGUACAUCAAUUAAGGCUUUUGUUCUAGUCAUGGCGAAAAUGAUGCUACGAAAGGAUCAUGUUACAUAUGACUUUAUCAAGGAUAUCUACUCAAAAGUUUCGAUUGAGAACUUUUUGAAUAUGUAA